AUGUCAGCUAUAUUAUACGAAGAUACAUUCGAAGUCAAGGAAAUCGAUCCUGAUGGAAAGAAGUUUGAUAGAACAUCUAGAUUCAUUUGUUAUGGCGAGAGCUAUGAGAUGGAUAUGCAUUUGGAUAUAGCUACACAUAUCUAUCCAAUGGAGCAUGAGAAGUUCAAGAUGGUGUUGGCUUCAUCACUCAGCUUGGAUGGCUCGAUCGACUCUGGCUUCGAACCAAGCAACAAGCCAACACUUGCCGAUAAGUUCGACUAUGUUAUGUACGGAAAGAUAUUCAGAUACCAGAAGGACAACUCUUCAUCCAAAGUUUCAAUCUUUGCAUCAUUCGGUGGACUGCUGAUGCUGUUGAUUGGCGAUCCAAAGUACAUGCAGGGUCUGGAGCUGGACGCUCGUAUUUACUUGUUGAUUAAAAAGAUA